CAUUUUCUAAAAGCAGUUAAUGCUUAGUAACUUUAUAGAUGGAGGAAUAAUUCUUUUAUCUAUUUAUUUUAUUUUUCAUGUUGUCUAACAGCUGCUGCGAGCAUGCUUACUCGGAUUGAAAAUUAAUGUCGAUACAUUUUGGUCUAGUUUGUUUUAGUUUACGAGUAAUGAAGCUCAGAGCAUACGCCAUCUGUUGGUGACCUUCUUUUAUCACACGACCUCAAUUAGUUAAUUAUUAUUGCAAUUGGUCCAGAAAAACAGCAUCCACUGUGAGUUUCUAACGUCACUGAUCAGGAGAAUUUCAUAUUAUCGGUUUGUCUUAAAUACAUUGAUCUGGAUCAUAAAUAGGUCUCAAUCUGCAUCAAUCUUGCAUCAAUCUUUAUUGAGUCGAGAUCGAGACAAGCAUCAGGAGCAGCAGUGAUGUCUGCGCAGAGCGGCGCCGCGGCCGCGGUGACGGUGCGGGCCGCCACGCGGGACGACAUGCCCCUCGUGCACAACAUGAUCUAUGAGCUGGCGGCGCACGAGGGCGUCGCUGACGGGCCGAAGCUUUCAAUCCAAGAUCUGGUUUCGGACGGAUUCGAGCAGUCUCCGGCGUGGUUCUUCGUGUUGAUAGCCGAGCUGGACGGACAGGUGGCCGGGUAUGCGCUCUGCAACCGCGCGUACUCCAGCUGGACGGGGCGCGCCGUGUACGUGGAGGACCUGUGGGUGUCGGAGCGGCACCGGCGGCGCGGCGUGGCGCGGGCGCUGCUGCGGGCGCUGUGCGAGCGCUGUGCGGCGGAGCAGGUGACGCGGCUCGACUGGCACGUGCUGGAGGACAACGCGCCGGCGCUGGCGCUGUACGCGCGGCUCGGCGCCCGCGACCUCUACCGCUCCGAGCGUCGCCUGGCGCUGCGUCUGGACGAGCCCUGCAUCUUGGCCGUCGCCGCGGGCCACCUGCUGCCGUCCACUCCACCUCAGUCGGGCGCCCAUAUAUUUCCUCGUUUCGAUUAAUGAAUUUAAACAGAAGAACUUCUAAUGUCAAUGAAUCGUUUACUUAUAAUACAUAAUACAUUUUAUGACAAAAAAUACAUAACAUUGUGUAAAAUAAUUUGUAUUUGUGAUUCGUUCAGCCUCUCGGUACUUAAAACUGAACUCGAGCCAUUUGUUACAAAACUGAUCAUUCGUGAGCACGCUCAACAUUACAAACAUAAUAAUAGUUUUUAAGCUAUUGCAUUAGGGAUGUAAACCGGUUCGAAGAAAACCGGAGAAAAACCGGUUUUUAUACAUACCGAUAAAUACCGGUUUUUAUUUAAGAAUACCGGUUUUUUACGCUUUACAUUCACAGCUCACACCAGUGCAACCAGAUCAAAUAUACAAGCUACAAAUAUAAAAAAAACCGUGUUUCAGAAUCAAAUUACCGUGCAUUACAUUUAAAAACUACAGUGCAAUAACCACAUAUGGUUGGUUGGUAGACUUUUAGCGUACGAAAUGAGGACCGUGACCAAAAUAUCCACAUAUCUGCACCCAACACUCAGAAAUGGCUUUCGCCAACCAGAGCACAUGUUGUCUGCAAAAAAGAUGGUGCAUCGUGAACUGGGGAAUCUUCUUGAAAAAUUUUUAACUGUCGCUUUAUCAUCGGAACAGCCAGAAAAAACCACAAACAAUUUUAAAAACCCUGGUAUUCUGGACUUUUUGCAUUCGCGAAAACGGGAUAUUCCGAACGCCACGGCGGCCACAGUGAAUAUAGAGCGAAUGUAUAUUGAGACUGAAGCUGCUACAGAAAACCACACCGAAAUUGCUGGCACGUGCUAACAUCCAGAAGGAGCAGGCUUCUGAAUGAUGCAGUGGACCAACUAUGCCUCUUGCACCAAAAUUUUAAUUUAAUACAAUAGUAUUAAAUCAAAAAUAAAAAGCUUUUUAUUAUUGGAUAAUAUAUAUAAUCAUUAAAAGCCUAUAUAAAAUAUGCUCACCCAAUUAAUUGUAUGAAAAAAACUCUUCGUUUGUA